UAAGUCUUUUAUGAAAUGUUCUCUGCCACAUCUCUCCCAGGUCGGGUUCGGUAUCAGCUGCAAAGCCUCCUUUUCUCGCUUCACCGCUUGUCGUAUCCAGCCAGGGCCAAUCCAGCCCACAUCAUGUCUCAAGGUUCCGAAGAGGUUCUACCUAAACCUCCCGUACCAGAAUUAAAAUCUACAUUGGAGAGGUACCUAACAGGUAUUAAAGCAAUAGUUGAUUCUGAGCAGUUUAACCAUACGAAAUCUUUGGUUAACGAGUUUCAGAAACCUGGAGGAACCGGGGAAUGCCUGCAAGAUUUACUGAAGAAAUACGCCGGAACCGCAGACAAUUGGGUGACUGGCUUCUGGUUGGACGACAUGUACUUGAAAAAUCCUCUUUCCCUUCCUGUAAACUCUAGUCCCUUCUUCAUGCUUCCAAAGCAAGCCUUUAAUACUACUAACGAGCAACUCAGUUACGUAUCAAAAUUCGUCGUGUUUUCUCUUAAAUACAAACAGAAAUUGCAAAGGAGAGAUUUAAAACAAGAGUAUGCAUCUGGCCAUGGAAAAGGAAUUCCUCUAUGCAUGAACACUUACUACAGAUUCUUCUCCUCUUAUAGAAGUCCGGGCUUGCUGAAGGAUACUCAAAUUUUCAACGAUUAUUCCAAACACAUCGUGGUAAUCUGCAGAAAUCAGUUUUUUGCUCUUCAUUUCCCGAACGAUAACCCUAACGAAGAAGCCAUUUUUGAGAAAUUUCGUCAGAUUGAAAAAUUAAGCAAGCAAGAACCGUUCGAUCCUCCCGUUGGUAUUUUGACAGUUGAAAGUCGUCCAGAGUGGAGUAAAAUUUACAGCACUUUGAGUGAAAGCCGGGUGAACAGAGAAUCUAUAAAAACCAUCCAAGAAUGUUUGUACGUGCUAUGUUUAGACGAUUAUCUUUCUCAAACUAGAAAUGGUAGGAAGGCAUCCAUGUAUAUAGAACCGGCUGCUAUGGCUAGCCACCUUCUCCAUGGAAAUGGUACCAAUAAUAAUAGCGGAAACAGAUGGUAUGAUAAUUUCUUACAGUUCGUUGUAACAAAAGAUGGAGUUUCGGGUUUCGUUAUGGAGCAUUCGGUUUCGGAGGGUAUCACAGUUUUAAGAUUUUGUGAGGAAUUUUUAAAUUUCCUAGAAAAGAAGGCAGAAAAGAGUCCGAAAGACGAAGGGGAAUUGAAAAUUGAGAAACUUAAAUGGGAGAUAACGGAACCGAUAGCUAAAGCAAUACAAAAUGCAACGAAAAAAAUUAAUAAAUUGGUAAACGAUGUGGAUUUAUACAUUUUAAAGUUUGACGAAUAUGGUAAAGAGUUCAUUAAAGGGCAGAAAAUCAGUCCAGACGUCUACAUACAGCUAGCUUUACAGUUAACUCAUUACAAAGUGUAUAGAAAAUUGGUAUCGACCUACGAAAGCGCAGCAUUAAGGAAAUUUAAAUACGGAAGAGUUGACAAUAUUCGAGCCUGUACUCCAGAAGCUCUCAAUUGGGUACAAGCCAUGUGCGACGUCACGCAGGUAGAGGACGAAGAAAAACUCAAUCUGUUCAAAGAAGCGGUCAAAAAACAAACAGAAAUUCUCGUUUACACAAUUAACGGAGAAGGACCGGAUAAUCACCUCCUUGGUUUAAAAGAAAUUGCUGUCAUGAAUAAUAUAAAAGAACNAAGUGUGUUUAAAUAA